GAUGACGUAGCCACCGUCUAACAUUCACCUCGAGCCACCGAGUCUCUUUAGAAGAAAGUUGUUUGUUUGCGUGUAUGUAUGUUUUUCCUUCUACUUCACAUAUCUUCCACAUUCAGCUGAAGCAACGAGACAGCUAAACUCGAUCAUAUCUGAUGAUGAAGCUGGGUUAAUUUUCAAGGAUAUUCUGUGGAAGCUGGCAGAUGCUUGAAUUUGAAUGUGGCACCGUUUUUCAUUAUGCUGUGAACUUAGUAGUGGAUUAUUGCAAUGUCUAAUUCUAUAAAUGGUAGUUACUGGCUGAAUGUGCAAUCACCAAGAGGAAGUCCUCACCCUACUAGUCAACUGGUGCCCUACACAUCUUACCCUCGACAACACAUACCAAAUCAUAUCACACCUGCCAUGCCUUGGCAGGUGACCAGUCCUCUGAUGCCGUAUGGUGGUCAUCCCACCAGUAUGUACGGCAUGCCUUCUUCCAUUGGUCGACGUGAUGGGUCUGUUGGCAGAAGCACUGGAGGCAACAUGGUUCCCUAUAUGAAAAGGAAUUUAAAUACACCUUCCCCUGGCAAUAAGAGCAUCAAGAGGCAACUUGAGGAUGAACAGCUAAGUGAUCAAAAGCGCCAAAGGCUUGGUGUUGAUAACGAGUUGAAAGGAGUUUAUUUUGGUUCUCCACGUCAAAUGGAAAUAAAUGGAGAUAAGCUUUCCUCUGCUAUAAUAAGUUACUUCAACAAGCACCACCAAGCUGAUGAAGUUUAUCAAAAGAAAAUGAAGUUAAGAGAUGCAUUGUAUGGAAUAUUACAAGGUGUUUUCCCAUACUGUGGCCUGUAUGCUGUUGGUUCGUCCAUGAGUGGGUUUGGGACCAAUAAAAGUGACAUGGAUCUUUGCCUUAUGCUUACUCGUGAACAGAUUGACCAAAAGUGCGAAGCUACAGAAAUAUUGAAACUUGUACAUAAAAGUUUUAGAAAAUGCUCAUUCAUAACAUCCUCACAGGUAAUCAAAGCCAAAGUUCCAAUACUCAAAUUCUGGGAUGAUAUUAGCAAUGUUGACUGUGACUUGAACAUAAACAAUUCUGUUGGCAUUCGAAAUACACAUCUUUUAAAGGCCUAUGCUAGUGGUAUGCAUUCAGUCUAUUCUUCCCUAGUUUUUUUUCUCCUAUACAUUUUGCAUAAAGUAUAUAAGCGGCCCUCAAAAACCUUUGUGAUUAAAGUGGCCUGCAAUCAUGACAUCAAUGAUGCUCGGAAGCAAACCAUAUCAAGUUACUCGUUAGGUCUCAUGGUCAUCCACUAUCUACAAUAUGGUUGUUCUCGACCUGUGUUACCAGUGUUGCAAAAACUCUAUCCCGAUGUGUUCAGCAUCAAAAACGACAUCAGCUCACUACGUCUAGAUGAAGAGCUGCCUUUGUACGAGUCUCAAAAUACCGACAGUUUGGGUGACCUUUACAUUGGAUUCCUCAAAUAUUAUGCUCUUGACUUUGAUUUCAAAAGCUGUGCUAUAUCUGUGCGCACAGGGACCAAAUUACCAGUGGAGGAAGUAAAGUUAAAAGUUGACACACCUCAACAAUGGAAAUACCUUAGUAUUGAAGAACCCUUUGACCUUUCUAACACAGCUCGAGCGGUAUUUGAUGCAGACACUUUCAGUAGGAUUCGCCGAGUUUUUCUAACCAGCUACAGAAGGUUGAGUAAAAAACGAGAAGUAACUGACAUACUUUGCAGGCAAUUUUGACGACAGAACUCU